UGACUGGCAUUAUAAAAUGGUUAGAUUUAGCCUUGCCUGCUAUUCUGUUUCAGAACAAAACCAGGGUAAGUGAAGCUGAGCUAUCUCGUCUUGUUCAGCAUCAUUCAUCUGCACAGUCAACAUGCAGCAAGGAAGCAUGAGCUUUAUUUUCUUGUUGGUGCUACUUUGUCAAUGUGGUGUCAAAGCCGUGGACCUCACCACCUGUGAAGGAGACACCGCUCAACUCAGCUGUGAUUUAACAUCACAUGUAACCGCCUGUGAAUCGGACACUGCCCAUCUCUAUUGUGACCAGGGACGCAUUCAAGUGCUUUCAGCCAAUUAUGGGCGUACAAACAGCGCAACCUGCUCCAAUGGAAAACCAGCAAACCAGGUCUCAAAUGUUCAAUGCACUCAAGAUUCAUCCCUAAGUGUGCUGACCAAUCGAUGUGAUGGACAAAAAUAUUGUUCCAUUUCAGCGAGUAACAUAAUUUUUGGUGAUCCAUGUGUAGGAACUUACAAAUAUCUGGACGUGUCCUACAUCUGUAUACCAUCAGGUGCAGUACUAUAUAAACGGACUUCUUGUGAGGGAGGCACAUUCAGAAUCAACUGUUACAAUCGGAUUAUUAAAGUGGUUUCUGCCAAUUAUGGCCGAACAAACCGUGUAACCUGCUCUACUGGAAAACCAGCUGACCAGAUCUCAAAUGUUCAGUGCACUCAGAGUUCAUCCCUAAGUGUGCUGGCCGCUCAAUGUGAUGGAAAACAGGCUUGUUCCGUUUCUACGAGUAACACAGUUUUUGGUGAUCCCUGUGUAGGAACCUACAAAUACUUGAAUGCGUUCUACAUUUGUCACCCAAAUCACUUCAUAAAAGUGUCUGCAGCCAAUUAUGGGCGAACAAACCGUGUAACCUGCUCUACUGGAAAACCAGCUGACCAGAUCUCAAAUGUUCAAUGCUUUCAGAGUUCAUCCCUAAGCGUGCUGGCCGCUCAAUGUGAUGGAAAACAGGUUUGUUCCAUCCCUGCAACCAACACAGUUUUCGGUGAUCCCUGUGUAGGAACCUACAAAUACCUGGAUGUGUCCUACACCUGUGGCCCGAGUAAGUUAAUACCUGUUACAUAG